CUAGGCAUGCAGGCUGCUUCUACAAACAUUUGUGAAAGAAUGGGUUGAUCUCAGGAGCUCUCAGUGAAUUCAAGUGUGGGACUGUGAUAGGUUGCCACCUGUGCAAUAAGUCCAUCCAUGAAAUUUCCCUGCUACUAAAUAUUCCACCGUCAACUGUAAGUGGUAUUAUCACUAAGUGCAAUGCAAAGAUGCAGUGGCGUAAAGCACACCACCACUGGACUCUAGAGCAGUGGAGACAUGUUCUUUGGAGUGACCAAUCACACUUCUCUGUCUGGCAAUCCAAUGGGAAUGUCUGGGUUUGGCUGUUGCCAGGAGAAUGGUACUUGCCUGACUGCAUUGUGCCAAGUGUA